UCACGUGCAAGGUCACAACUCUCGCGAGAUUACAAAUCCAACAUGGCGGUCGUUCCCACCUAGGAAAAAAAAAUAUCUAUUCAUUUUCACGAUUAUUUUUCGAUGAAUUGUUCCCCUGGAUUAUCAACUGUUGUGCCCGGCUCAUGAAACAGCACCAAGUCCUGACCGGGGCGGUCAACCCCGGCGACCACUGCUUUGCCGUCGGCAAUGUUGACGGCGCGCCAUUCACGGCGUAUGGGUCAGGAUGUGACCUGGUCAUACUGGGCAGCGAUUUUCAGCGUGUCCAAAUCUUCCCGGGAACGUCGCGUGGCAACAUCCAGGUGGGGUGCGUGGACUGCUCACAGAAUGGAAAGAUUGCAGCCUCCUAUGCCAACAAUGUCUACAUCUUUGAGCCGUACCCAGGGAUAAGCAAGACUGGAGCAUCAAAUAAGCUGGGUGUGGAGUGGCAGGAGACAGGAGGCUUCAGCGUCGACUCACUCGUCACUAACCUCUCCUGGAACCACGAUGGAACCAGGCUGUUGGUGGGCAGUAACUCCAUCCAGCUGUGGGGAUGUCCUGACCUGAUGGAGAAGGCUGAUGGGAUGGAGGAAGAGGAGGAGGAGGAUGCAUUUGGAACAGGAACAGUGGAAGACAUACAGAGCACCUGGGCAUGUAUCUGGCAGUGCCGUACUGCCACAGCUGUCUGCCACCUGCAGUUCUCACCUGAUGGGCAGCUGUUUGCUUCAGCUGGAAAGGAGGACCGCCUGGUGAAGAUCUGGUUUGACUCCCGCCAGUGGAGAUCCAGCCUGCUGCAGGACUGGAAGGCGGGCAGCGCCGAGGAACCGGUCUCGACCGGUCUGUACUCCUUCAUCUACAUCGCCCACCCCCGGGCUGUCACCGGAUUCUCCUGGCGCCGCACCAGCAAGUACAUGCCCAAGGGUUCGAUAGCCAACUGCCUGGUCACCUCCUGUCGCGACAACAUCUGCCGCAUCUGGUGCGAGACGGUUCUACCGGAGCACAACCUGGCGCUACUGCAACAGGAGCGCGUUCUCAUCGACUCCGAGAGCUACCAGGCCGCGCCCCAACGCCACACGUCCAAGUUUGCACACACGGCACAGCUAUUUAAACCUGUCUUCCAGACAGUGAACAAUCGUAGGGUGGUCGUCCCCUUCAAGAAUGUAACUGAAGAAAUCCAGGCCACAGCCUUUCAGUUCCUCUUCUCCACCCUAAGAAAGCGACGCCCACAGAAAAGGAAAAAGCAUAAGAUCCGGCACAACCUUAAGGUGAAGAGAAGACAGUCCCAUCCGUCUGGUGACCUGACCUCGGGACAGUCCAUCCUCACCCCACAGAGACACUGUCUAUCCGGGGAGAUGCCAGCCCUGAAUACGCUUCACUUUCACCUGUCCGUCACUAUCAAUCUUAGCACAGACAUUCCCCUCCUGCCGGUGGUUGCCGGUAGCAACGAGGACAAGUCGUUUGUGGUGCACUGGCUGAACAACAAGGAGCUGCAGUUCACGCUGGUGAUGGAGCUGUUCCUGCGCCAGCUACGGGAACUCCAGGACCAGGAGCACCCGCUAGAGGUCGCUGAUAGGCCUGACUCUGACAACGAAGAUAACUUGACAGAGGAUGAUGCCAGAAGUUCAGGUGGCCUGUCAUCUCGCUCUCCCAUCAAGACACCCGACUCCCUCCUGAAGAGCCCCGGCGUAUCAACCCCCUCCUUACACAGCCUCUCGGUGUCGGAGGCGCAGGCUGUGGGCAGCUCCAGCCUCCUGUCCCUCCCCACCUCCUCCAUCCUGGACAGGAAGAUCGAGAGCCUGCUGCGGGACUGGAACCGCAGUGCUGACAUGCUGUUCAGCAUCCACCCUGUGGACGGGUCCUUCCUGGUCUGGCUGGUCGAGUAUCUGGAUGAGACGCAUCCGGGAGCUUUCCGACAGGCACAGGUGUCCUUUGCUUCUCGUAUUCCCGCGGCGUUCCCGGUCGGAGACGCCGUAGGCCUGAGCUCCACCCUGCUCCUGUACUGCGACAACACACAGGCCGUGGACAGCAACCUCGGGCCAAAACUCGAGGACACCAAGCCCUCCACCACCUACAGCUUCACCCACGGUACGGGAAAGGGCGCGCCGACCAACGAGAACGUGGAAACAUUCACGCCAACGGUCAUGAUGCUGUCCAAGCACAGCGACGGAUCACUCAACCAAUGGGAGGUCAACUUCGCGCAGAACUCUGCGUUCUCGACGGUCGUGAGCGUUUCCCACCGUGCCCGUUGCUGCGGCCACCGGUUCCACCUGAACGAGCUUGCCUGCCACCCUGUCUUGCCCCUCCUCCUCACGACCUCCCACCACAACAUUCCCCACGUCGAGGUCGACGACACGUGCUCCAUCGGAAGUCGGAGCCGCAGCUCCAGCCGGCUGUCGUUCGAGAGCGGGAAGGACACGUCAGACCCCAUGGAGAAGAUAAAGGCCAGACUACGUCACGUAACAGGAGAAUCCAAGCAUGGAGGAGCGAUAUUAGAGGAUGAGGAUACGGUGUUUCCCAUUAGUAAGGACCUGAGACACCCCCACGGUCUGUGUAGUGAGCUCAUCCUGUGGAGAGUGGACCCUGUGGGUCCUCUGUCCUUCUCAGGUGGGGUGACGGAACUGGCCCGCAUCAACUCGUCCCACAUCUCAGCGUUCUCCAACGUGGCGUGGGUGCCCACCCUGCUGCCCAGCUCCUCGCUAGGCGGGAUGUCCAACUCCUACAGCGCCUGCUUCGUGGCGUCCGACGGGGACAGCCUGCGACUGUACCAGGCCGUAAUUGACGCUCGCAUGCUGCUGCAGGAGACCGCAAACAUGGAGGCAGAGCGACUGGCUGAGAGUGAAGGUUUCAGCAGUGGAGGGGAGUCUGUAGAGAUGGCGUGGGAGAAACGGGAGCCGCUCUUCAAAAUAGUCAGUCAGCAGUCCACCAAGAGGCCAGGCUGUGUCAUAGAGCUGGAUACCAUCACCCAGGCAAAAAGGUCCUGGAAGAGCACCCAGCUGCUGCAUGUGUUUCAGGAAGAGUUCCUACUGGGCCAGAAGCAGGCAGGAGAGAUGAGCAUCAGUACUGACCCUGUGGACACCCAACCUCUCAACACCUCAGGGUAUGACGAGGGUUUCUACCUGGUAGUCCUUGAGAAGGUGGAGGAGACGUCUGUUCUCCACAUGUGGUACAUCGAGAUCGUCUCCCAACUACAGACGCCAGCUGCUCGGGACAUGACACCGAAGUUCAACUCCGAGUACGCCCACGACAGCGACACCUCGCCGGAAACUUCCGAACCCAACAGCCCGACAACUGGAUACACACCAUCAUUCCACACACCCACCUCCAAACUUGUUGUCACAUCACACAAGGUGUAUGAAGCUGUGCUCGCUCUCCCAGAGGGGGUGCAGGUGGUUGAUGCAACACCGGCGGCGGGACAUCUCAGCUCAGCCUCCAUCUACCCAGCAUGCCUUGCUCCCUAUCUCAUCGUCACGGCGUGCUCGGACGGGAAGGUUCGCUUCUGGCGCUGUAACGUCUCCAACAAGGCCUCUGAGUUUGAGGAGUUCAGCGGUGUGAUGUCACCUGUGGACUUUGUCAAGGCUCAGGAUAAAAAGUACAGGUGGGUUGAGUGGGAACUGAUGGUAUCGGAGAAGGAUGCCAGCAGUGCAGUACAAGUGGACGGAGAACCUGUUGCAAUUAGCAGCGCGUACAACGGUAGAUUCGCCUGCGGAUUCAAGGUGCUUAACGUUCCGUCCGACAAACAGGCCGACCGUGUUUCCAUGGACAGUAAUGCUGCGUUCUGCGUGGCUAUCAUCGAGUGUGAGUCCACGGGUGGAUCGGAGUGGAUAGUCGAGGACACGUUGUUUCUCUCGGUGCCGGAUACGUCCCCGGAUCGAGCGCUGGUCCCGCCCCGACAAACUAAGUACCAGGUGCUACAGCUGGACUGGGUGUCAAAGGAAGACGGCUCGCACAUCCUAACUGUUGGGGUGGGUCCCAAAGUCUUCAUGUACACUCCCGUAUCCCCUGCCCUGCAUUCAUCGUCCGAGCAAGGCGUCGAGGUCGCUCCCAACGGCCUCCUAGCCUCCAUGUUCUUGCCAGUGGCGACCCUAAGCCACAAGAAGGAGAACCAACGCUGGAUGCUCCUUCGUAGUAUUGAUCUCCUCACGCCCGACGGACUCGAAGCACAUUCCAUGUCCCUCUCCUGGGUUCGCGACGGCAUCCUAGUCGUCGGGCUGGGAGACGAGAAGCACGUGUACUCCCAGUGGUCCAGCAAGACGAUAGAGGAGGAGAAGGUCUUGUUGUCGGAAGAAGUAGCGUCCCAAGACAAUCUUAGCUCUAGAGAUUCGCCCAGCAGCACUCCCAGCACCUCCAUUGUUAGUAGAGUAUCAGCCCAGGGUAACAAACCCAGCCCGGAGAAGCCAACACCAGCAGAAGUUCAGAGCAAAGCCGACCUGAGCCAGAACAAAACCCUACACGACAUCGGACUGUUCGAGGCUGCGUACCUUGCCUCCCCCACCCUCCCACAGUACCAUCCCCAGCAGCUCAUGGAGAUCAUGAACUUUGGGAAGUUCCGCCGUGUGCGGGCCAUCCUGUCGCACAUCGUGCGCAGCAUCUCCUCCGACGAUCAGGUGACACUCCCCGCGGAGCAGGACGUGUCGGGAGACGAGACCGACCGGCGGCGGCACCUCACCCGCGGUCUGAGCAUGCUCAGUCGCUCCUACAGCAUUAGCGCGGACCCGUUCGAGCACGGCCAAGAGGGGCACCUGGACUUUGUCGAACUAGAAUCCAUCGCACCGCUCCCCCUCUACGCCCUCCUCGCUGCGGACAGCGACAAAUCUGCCUUCCUUCAACAAGAGGAUGCGCCGACAAAAUUCGGGGACACCAACGCUGACAAAACUGAUGGCGAUGCCUACAGCACGCUAUUCGAACACCCAGACCUGAACGUGGACGAGGACUUUACCGCUUUUACCGUCAAGAGCAAACCGCAACCAAAGACGAUUUCUCUCAAGCAGUUCCCGCCAACGUACUUUGGGCCGGAGCACGCGAAGAUCCUCACCAUGCACCUGACGCACUCGAGACUGCCAGGGUUGUCCAGUUUGGAACAGAUGCAAUUGUUGGCUGUGGCGGACACUCUCGCGCACACACGGACAGAGUUCAGCGAAGGCACCUCCACCACUGCUAAAAGUGAGACGGUGGAUGGGUGUGGCCUGAGGUACCUGAUUGCCAUGAGACACCACCUGUACCUGUUGAGGUCCCUCCCACCUGUGCAGAGGGCUCAAGUGUUUCGACAGGGCCUAGCCACCUCCAACUUUGCCUGGGCCUUCCACUCGGAAUCGGAGGCUGACCUGCUGAACAUGAUCCCCAGCCUGCACAAGGGGAAGCCCACGUGGAAGGAGCUGAAAGCCGUCGGGGUCGGCUGGUGGCUGCGCAACAACAACACCCUCAGAACCACCAUGGAAAAGGUGGCCAAAGCAGCAUUUCAGAACAAGAAUGACCCGAUGGAUGCAGCUCUGUACUACAUGGCCAUGAAGAAGAAAACACUGGUGUGGGGGCUGUUCAGGUCUGUAAAAGACAAGAAGAUGAUGGACUUCUUCCACCACAACUUUAACGAGGACCGGUGGCGACGAGCCGCGCUCAAGAACGCCUUCGCCCUAUUGGGUAAGCAGCGGUUCGAGCACGCGGCAGCGUUCUUCCUGCUGGCGGGCUCGCUGUCGGAUGCCAUCGAGGUGUGCAUCAACAAGCUGGAGGACCUGCAGCUGGCCAUGGUGGUGGCACGGCUCUACAACUCCAACCUGGAGCAGGAUGUACCUGACAGCCAGAAACAGGUAUUGUACGAGCACAUCCUGGGCCUGAGUGAUGCUGGGGAGGAGCGUGAGGAGGGGAAGAUCCACCCUGACCCGUUCCUGCGCAGCAUCGCGUACUGGCUACUGAAGGACCACACCCGCGCUCUCAACUGUCUCCUGCAGCAGCCCAAACAGGACGACAUGGACAGUCCCAGCAGUGUGCGCUCCGCCAAGGGCAGCGAGUACUCAGCAAACCCAGAGGUCUUCAACUUCUACAACUGGUUACGGACCCACCCUCUCCUCCUCCGGAGGCACCUGUCCACACACGAGGGGUCCGUCCGCGGAGCGCAAUCUACGAACUCGUCCCUCCUAGCGGGGGUCGGGUUGCACGCCAGCCUGACGGCAUCAGAGAAGGGGUUGGCAGAUAAGAUCACACCCCUGGAGCGGCGGCUGUACUUCACCACGGCGCACGCUCACUUCACGGCGGGCUGUCCCAUGUUGGCUCUGGAGGUUCUGUCCAAGCUUCCUCAGGUCACAGAGAAAAGCCCUGACAACUCCUGUAACUCCACCGUUGUGGUCAACACACCAGAGGACGAGGAGAUGAUCUCCAAGGGUGUCAUCACGGUCACGCAGCCCAGCACAGAGAAGUCCCGAAUCGACAGUGUGUCUUCCCUGGACUGGAGUAAACCUGCCGUAUCCAGUAGUACACCAGCCCCUCCCACCUUAGACUGGAGCCAACCGCCAGGAGGUAUGGACUGGAGCCAGCCAGUGUCCACCCUGAACAGUGGAGAUACGUUAGAACUGGACUGGGGGAAUGAUGAUGAUGAUGAUGAUGAAGUUGAAGAUGAGGAGGAAGCAGAAAAGAAUCCGACAACAACCGGAGCAGGGGAUCCCAACAAGCUCACAGUACCAGCCAUUAACAAGCAGGCUCUGUUAGCCAGCCCCAUGGAGACUGAGAUUGAACGUUGUAGGAAGGUGGACAUCAUGGCCCAGCAGCUGAAGUUCAUCGCGUGUCUGAAGAUCCUGAUGCAGGAGCUGCGUACACUGGCCACAGGGUACGAGGUGGACGGGGGGCAGCUCAGGUACCACCUCUACAUGUGGCUGGAGCGCGAGAUCGACGCACUCAGGAAACUCUGCAACUACAGGUACGGAGGUCUUGCUGACGACCUGGAUGACCUUGAGGACCUGAAGGAGAGCAGAAGACCGAGCGACAGCCAGUACAGCGGACAGGACAGCUCGGGAGACGAAGCGGACACGAAAAAGCGCACCCUCCACGAGAUCCUUCUCGCAGAGAAGAUGGACUUCGAGGCAAAACGUCAUCGAUCGGCGCGUCGAAAACACUGGUUGAAGCGGAACCACGAGCUCUUGCGUACCUUCCUGAGCUACUGCAGCCUUCACGGUGCGGGAGGGGGAGGGCUGGCGUCCGUACGGAUGGAACUCAUCCUACUCCUACAGGAGUGCCAACAGGAGAAGACACAACAACAGCUUCUCUCCCCCCUACCCUUCCCUACCAUGCUGCCAUUGGUCACGGCGAGCGUGGCCAGCUCCAAGACCGUGGUCGCCGACCCGAUCGCCCACAUCGUCCGCAUGACGCACGAUAUCCUCCACACCGUUGUGGACAUGAUGGCGCCCCCUACCCCUAGUGAGACCAACACGACAGUGUACAAGUUACAGACGCUGAGCGCUGCAGUGUCGGCGUGCAUGUACCAGUGUCUGUGUGACAGUGACACCUACUACCUCCAGCUGCAGGGAGAUGUGCUGGAUGAUGGGCUGGACCAGUGGAACAGUAUUGUGUACCAUCCUCAGCACCUGAUGGAGGCAGGCAGGAAGAGACGCAUCAGCAGUGGGGAGGACAACGCCACACCCUCGUCUGCGCCUGCCAAGUGGCCAGGCGUUAGCUCGUUGCAGACGCUGUUGGCUUCGGAGCGAGACGAAGAUCAACCUAAGCUGAACGUGUUACUCAGCGAGACGCUUGUCGCCGUGUACGUCAGCCUGCUCAUCCACGGGCUGGCGGGAAACUCCGCCAACGAGCUCUUCCACCUGGUGGCUCACCCCUUUGACUCCAAGAUGUGGGCGGCGGUGUUCGGCGGAGGGGUGAAAGUUCAGCUGAAGCAGGCGGCACAGAAACCAGCCAUGUACUCAAAUUCUCGGGAUGCGAUGGACAAGCAGCGUCUCCGACUGAACCUGAAGCUCCUGGGGAAGGCCAACAUGCCCAGCCCCGCCCCUGCUGCAGAGGACAAACCUGUCUAUAAGGAGAAGUUCAUCCCACCUGAGGUCUCCAUGUUGGACUACUUCAUCACUAAGGCCAACAUGCCCAGCCCCGCCCCUGCUGCUGAGGACAAACCUGUCUAUAAGGAGAAGUUCAUCCCACCUGAGGUCUCCAUGUUGGACUACUUCAUCACUAAGGCCAACAUGCCCAGCCCUGCCCCUGCUGCAGAGGACAAGCCUGUCUAUAAGGAGAAGUUCAUCCCACCUGAGGUCUCCAUGUUGGACUACUUCAUCACUAAGGCCAACAUGCCCAGCCCCGCCCCUGCUGCAGAGGACAAACCUGUCUAUAAGGAGAAGUUCAUCCCACCUGAGGUCUCCAUGUUGGACUACUUCAUCACUAAGGCCAACAUGCCCAGCCCUGCCCCUGCUGCGGAGGACAAGCCUGUCUAUAAGGAGAAGUUCAUCCCACCUGAGGUCUCCAUGUUGGACUACUUCAUCACUAAGGCCAACAUGCCCAGCCCUGCCCCUGCUGCAGAGGACAAGCCUGUCUAUAAGGAGAAGUUCAUCCCACCUGAGGUCUCCAUGUUGGACUACUUCAUCACUAAGCCAUACAUCCCUCCGGGCCAGAACGCCAUCGACUAUGACUCGGACGAAACGGUUGAGAGCGAGUCUGAGGACGAAGACGCGGACAGUCUGAACAUCUCGGUGACGGAGGCCCAACUCCAGGAGCACUCUGAUCCUAACUCCUACAGCUGGAGCCUCAUGAGGCUAGCUCUGGUCAAAAUCGUCUUCCACAACGUGCAGAGCUUCCUACCGACUGCAGGGAUAGAGAUGGCUGAACUCCCCGUAGCGUCCCCGCUGCUCCACGCCGUGCUGAAGAACCUGGAACUCUGGCAGCAGAUGCUGAUUGGUCGACUGGAGCUGUUCAACGGACCCCCGCUGGACUACAUCCCACUCUCGGGCGUGGAGUCGACCGGAGGCCCUGCCCUGCUUCGCUACAAAGCCAUGCUGGAACCAACCAACACUCCUUUCAGGUCGAACCACCGGUCAGCCCUGCCGGCCAAGCGGCUGUGGCACCACCUAGUGCACCAGGAGGUACUGCAGGACGCCUUCAUCCGCUACUGCUUCACCAAGAAGGCACACAUGCAGGAGGUAGGGACCGUCGUCAGGGGCAACAGAGCAUUUGAUGAUGACUAUCAUGGUAAGGCCGACUCGGGCGGGGUGUCUGAGGACGUAGACUCAGGGACGCAAAGUCAGACCCCGUCCACCGACAAUGCCGAUCCUGUCGAACUUAUGGAUCAGCUUACACGAGAUGAGAUCCGCGCUGGCGGGCGAAUCCGCAUCAUCCACAAGGAGAACGAGAUUAUCAACUGUUUCUGCACCAAUCAGGCCAAUCCCAACUGUAUAGUGGUGGCGAGUGCCAGCCAUGUGCAGGAGCUGGACGUGUCCGCGAUCCUAAACCCACAGCCGUAUGUGUGGAUCGACGAGGAACAACCAGACAUGGAAUCUGUCAUCGGGCCUAAAAGUGCCCCUGGAAACAGUGAGAUGGGAGAGUUCCUGUUCGUACACACGGGGGUGGAGAGAAAAGGUAGUGUGUCGGCACCUGCCUCCCCCAACCCUCACAGCACCGGCCCAGCCAUGCUCCACAGUCUGGGGUAUGGGGGGGUGCAGACUGGUAGGGGCGGCAACGUGAUGCUGAAAAGAAGCGUGUCUGGAGUGCGGAGAAUGGCGUCACAUCCCACAUUACCAUACUACUUAACAGGUUGUCAGGAUGGCAGUGUUAGGAUGUGGGAGUGGGGACACGCACAGCAGAUCUCCGUCCACAGGACAGCCGGCUACCCAAGGGUCAACAGGGUCAGGUUCAACCUCCAGGGCAACAAGUUUGGUGUAUGUGACAGCGAGGGUUACCUGUCCUUGUGGCAGCUGGCAGUCAGCUCGUCAGCAGCAAACAAGCCCUUCAUGACUCGGCAGUGCCAUAACAAACAGACAAGCGACUUUGUCUUCAUCAACUCUUCCAGCUUCCUGUCCACAGCAGGGCAUUCAUCAGAACACAGAAACGUCUGCCUGUGGGACACCCUGAUGCCGCAGAGGAGCUGCCUGGUUCAAGGUUUUACGUGUCACGAGAGCGGGAGCCCGGCGAUCGUGUACGCACCCCAGCAGCAGCUGCUUAUCUCUAGUGGGAGGAAGGGAGAUAUCUGUAUAUUCGAUGUCCGACAGCGGCAGCUGAGGCACACAUUCCAGGCUCACGAGUCAGCGGUCAAGUGUCUGGCGCUCGACCCAACAGAAGAGUUCUUCGUCACUGGGUCGGUGGAUGGAGAGGUCAAGGUGUGGGGCCUGCUGGUGCACAACCUGCUGUACUCCUUCCCCGCGGAGCACAUGCGCACCUCCAUCUUCCGCAACCUCGGCGCCGGCGUGACCCAGCUCCACCUCGGGCCGACCAAUCACAUGUUCUCCUGCGGGGCGGACGGCACGCUCAAGUGGCGCCUCCUCCCGGACAGGGACAACCUCCUGCACACGUUGUGAGAGCCGCUAGGGGGCCAGCUAUGCAGCCUGUAUACACAUGCGGCGAUGCCGUAGUAGGACUUAAACAUUAGCUCCGACCUGUGAUGUACCCAGUGUAGCUUAAAGGCUAUUUUUACAGAAAAACAAAAAUGGGGGAGGUUUUUCUGCUCAAAUGUGCAAUUUAGAUGAUUCCCUUCUCAGAGUUCUGUACGUAUAUAAAUUCGUAUAUAUAUAUACAUGUAUCUCGCGGAAUGCUGCCUGGGUUGUCUUCUUGCCCUUGAUCUUGGCAAUCAGAGUUUCCCUUCCAUCGAAGGAUGAACUGUCUGAGCAGCAAAGAUUAACCCUCUCCAUACCAAGCCAACCUCCUGGCACCAACAUUGUGUGGCUGACAACGCUACGAGCAGGGUGAGGGUUUCGGCUGCGAUAUGAUUGGUUUAGAGUCCCCACCUGUAUCCCAUACCCAUCCACUAAUACAGUCUUCAUCAUCUGUACAUGUAUCAGACGUGACGCCACAUACACUAACUUGUAGAUCCCCUCGAUCACCACAGAAAAAUACUUCUCCACAUCCACUUAGUUUCCAAUAGACACGUCAGUCUUUCAGUAUAAACGUGUUAACAUUCAUGCAAAAACUUUGGGAUGAUCGGAAAAGUCAGUCAGAGUUGGUUUUGAAGCCUGUGUGGGUUUCUUGAAAAUUGUUGGAGUGAGAGGUUCUAGGAUUGAUUCCAAGAAGCCUAAAUGAAGACUUUCCAGAAAUUUGAUGGAGUGAGAGUUUCCAGGAUUGAUUCCACGAAGAACGAAGACUUUCAUAUAAUGACCCUCUAGUUGUGUAAACAAAUGAGGUUUACACUUUUGUUUACAAUAGACCUGUGUAGGGCACUGAUGGAACCAGACAUGUAGAAUGGAUAUUGUGGUUACAUUGUAUGAGGGUACAGAACUGGGAUGCUACAAUCUUUAUAACUUGAAACUGCAGUUGAGUACUAGGUAACUGUCAAUGCUCCCUUACAGAUGACUGAUAAAAUUCUACAGGUUAAUUUCUGUGUACUCCCAAUGUUUACUUAUAAGCAGAAUAACCUAAAACAAAAGAUUGUUUGAAAAGUAUAUAAAUUAUGAUGAUAACUUUACAUCCAUUUUUGUCAGUAAGUUCUACAUACUUGUGAAUAUAUCAGCCUAAAGAUAUUUGCAAAAAAUCUUUUGUUUUCUUUAUUGAAAGUGGUCAGUAUUAACUGUUUCAGUUCUGCCGUGAUAUACCAAUGUUAUUUGUCACCUAACAAUGGCAGUGUUUUAAUCAGUAUCAAUCUUAAGGAAGCCAUUUGACUUUUGCUUUAAAGUGGCAUUAAGUUGUACAAAGAAGACUCUUCAUAUGUGUAGAUUGGGAUGCUCAUGCUUUACAACACACUGGUGCAUUGUGGGGAUUUCUUCCAAUAUUCACUGGAAAUUACCCAUCACCCCCUGAAGGUAGUACAUUGUAUCUUUCAUGUUGUGCAAUUUUACAUGAUUCGUUAAAGAUGUAAGUAUUUAAUUGGUACAGUUGGUUUUCUUUUCUUUUUUCAGAAGAAGAUUCUGUUUUUUAGAAUAAUUGGUGUACUUGCAAUUCGGAGGCAUUAAUAAUGUUUUUGUUACGUAAUGUUGUUAAGGACAUUUUGUAUUGUAGAUCGCUAUAUGAGAAAGGAAAUAGAACGCCAUUAUAUAUGAUACAAUAUGUGUACAAAAUUUUAGCUUAUUUGCAAAGGAAUCGCCAGCUUUUUAUUUGAACCACGCUCAAAUCACUGUAAAAGGAAUUCUGACACAUCCGACAAAUUACGUGCAAUUUGAGGGGAAAGAAUAUUAAUAGCAUUUGUGCAGUUCUAUUGUUAAAGUAUCAAUCUUCAAGGUGAACUCGUUGUAAAUAUGAAGGAAAAAUUUUACUUCUUUGCCGGCUGCCUCGUCUGUCUGCAAUUGUAAAGUACAUAUCAGUGUUGGUCUGUUGUCUCGUACACCAUCUUGUCAUGACGAAGAGAAGAAAGUUGUGAAAACAAGGAAUAAAGAGAAGUUGAAAGAUUUA